GCAGCAGGUCCGGUCCCCGCGGCCCGCGCACGGGGGAGCGGAGGGCGCGCUCCCGGCAGUUCCCCGCGCGGUGCCCGCCCUCAUCCUCCUCCAGUCUCCCUCCCUUCGCCGACUGCGGCCCCCGGCUCCGCCAUGGGGAAUGUGCCAUCCGCGGUGAAGCACUGCCUCAGCUACCAGCAGCUUCUCCGGGAGCAUCUCUGGAUCGGGGACACGGCGGCAGGGGCGCUCGACCCCGCGCAGGAAUCAACCCGGUUAUCUGGACUCCCUGAGUAUGUUAAAAUAGUAGAAGUUGGACCUAGGGAUGGAUUGCAGAAUGAAAAGGUUAUAGUUCCUACAGAUAUAAAAAUUGAAUUUAUCAAUCAACUUUCCCAAACUGGCUUGUCUGUAAUAGAAGUGACUAGCUUUGUGUCUUCCAGAUGGGUACCACAGAUGGCUGAUCACACUGAAGUGAUGAAAGGCAUUCGUCAGUAUCCAGGAGUUCGAUAUCCUGUCCUUACACCCAAUCUUCAGGGGUUUCAUCGUGCUGUUGCUGCUGGAGCCACUGAGAUAUCAGUUUUUGGUGCUGCAUCUGAAUCGUUUAGCAAGAAGAAUAUUAACUGUUCCAUUGAAGAGAGCAUGGGAAAAUUUGAGGAAGUUGUUAAGUCUGCAAGGCACAUGAAUAUUCCAGCACGAGGGUAUGUGUCUUGUGCCCUGGGCUGUCCAUAUGAAGGAAGCAUUACACCACAAAAAGUGACAGAAGUAUCCAAGAGAUUAUAUGGCAUGGGCUGUUAUGAGAUCUCUCUGGGAGACACGAUUGGAGUGGGAACUCCAGGGAGCAUGAAAAAAUUGUUGGAAAGUGUUAUGAAAGAACUCCCACCAGGGGCUCUUGCCGUUCACUGUCAUGACACAUAUGGACAAGCCUUAGCAAAUAUUCUUACGGCUCUUCAGAUGGGAAUUAACGUGGUGGACUCUGCAGUAUCCGGAUUAGGUGGCUGCCCUUAUGCAAAAGGUGCUUCUGGGAAUGUAGCCACUGAGGAUUUGAUAUAUAUGCUUAAUGGCCUGGGGCUCAAUACAGGUGUGAAUCUUUACAAAGUGAUGGAAGCCGGUGACUAUAUUUGCAAAGCUGUGAAUAAAACCACGAACUCUAAAGUAGCACGAGCCUCCUUCAGUGUUUGACUUGGAUGGAUUUAUGACUUAAGGUUGAGAAGAUCAAUUUCAGCUACAUAUACGUGCUCACCUAAAAAUCAUUAAUGUCAACUUGUUCUGAAAUGUGAAGUAAUAGACAGGAGGGGGGCAAGAGAUACUCUUUAAAAAGAUUAUAACUGAAUAGAUUAUGGAGUGUACAGAAAGCAAUCCCCGCUUACCUUGCAGGAUAGAUAAUGAAGCUUGCAGUGAUACUUUUUAACUUGGAAAAAGAGUCUCUUUUGCUCUCAUAGAAAUAACUUUUUAAUUUGGUAGACAGGAAAAUUGACUUCAGAUUUUGCUAAGUAUCAAAUACUGUGUUAAUACUUAAUCAAGCAGGCUUAGCACAGUGUACAUAUUGUCAGUAGUUUACGAGCUCCUGCAGAGUGUGUGGCCUCAAUAUUAUGUGUUAUGCCUCUGGAUCUCAACUUUUCAUUUGCCAAGUCAGUUAAGUUAUAGACCAAGAGCCAAAUCUCCAUCUGACCCUACAUAAUUUUUAGCAAUACAACUUUUAUAUUUCAAGUAUGGCUAACAUCUGUUAACUAUUUCAAUGACUUUGUCUUGUUCCAAGAGGCUAUGGUCAAUGGCAAGAUGCCAUAUCCUGGAAACACAUUACGACCUCCCAUGUUUGUUCCAUGCAUCCAGUUUACCAUACUUUACCUUUCAUCAGCUAUAGCAAGAACCAGCAGGGUGUUACUUAACUGUUGAGAAAUUAUAAUGCAUAACUUUUGUCCUGAUGUCUAAAUUGCAGUGAUGGGAACAUGUAUCAUAAUCUGCUAUUUAAUAAUCUAUUAAUUUUUAGAUUACUUCCACAUUGCCUAAGGAAAUGCCAUUGUGAUCCUAAGAAUAUUAAGAUAGUUUUUAAUUCAUGAAAUAGCUGUUUUCCAUGAUUCAUGGUGCUUUGAUUAUAUCACAUUAUUUUGGUUGAUUUUUUUAAUGGUUAUUUUUGAAGGUGAAGUGACUGAAAUUUUUUCUAUUGUACUAGAAAGCAUUGCCAGAUAUAGCAAAAAUUAAUAUGUCAAAGAUUGAGAUGAGCAGGAGAACCAUGUCAAGAAAAAAUAUUUCUGUAACCUAUGCAAAUCAUAUGGGGGCCUGAAAUGUCAGUUCUAUUAUUUAUAUAGAAUUCUCCAGUAAGACUAGGUGAUAUUAUCUUUGAAUAAAUUUGAAUAUAAAUUGAAAAGUGAAAGUGAGUAUUGUGGACUUUCUAGUAAAUACUCAUUAAAAAUCAUUGAAAUAAAAAGAAAUAUUAAAAAGUAA